GAGUCCUGGGCAUGCAUUGCUGGGCUGAGAGAGUAAACAGAGAGGCGCUGCUUUAGCUGGCCCUGACACUUACAUUCACGAGAGCACCACAAAGGAUGUCCUGGCGAGAGAAAUCAGCUGAUCAAGCCCUGAAGGAGAAACAGUGCUGCUGACUCUCUGUUAUUCUCUCUCUAUCUCUAGCUCUCUUCUUUGCAAUGGCAGAACAGACUGAUCUCGCCACGGCCCAGACUGUUUACAUCUACAACUGCUCACAUAUGGACGAGGAGGACUAGAUCAGGUGUGAAUUGGCCUGGGCCACAUUCUGAGUUCUUCAUUAUGACCACCAGGGGACGCAGCACUGUACUUCCACAUGCAGAUGCACAUUUGAUCAAACUGACAGGGACCAGAGGAAAGACGAUCUCGAUUAUGACGAGCAGUUUGAACAAACGGCAGAUGACUGUAGUCAACUCCAGCACUCUUGGCCUGAUGGACAGCUCCCACCCCCAGGCUGUCCUCAGUCAUCUGAGUGAACAGCGUUCACAAGGCCUUUUCUGUGAUGUAAUAAUCAUUGUGGAGGAUGUCAAAUUUUGUGCUCACCGCAACAUAUUGGCUGCCACAAGUGGAUACUUUCGUAAUGCUUUCAAAACACCUGAAAUCUACACAUCCAACCAGGUGCUGGAGCUAACAGACCUGAAAUCUGAAGUGUUUGCUUGUAUUCUUAACUUUAUAUACAAUGCCAAAGUGGAGUCAAGCAGUGCAGAGGAAAGCAGGUCUCUGGUGGCAGCUGGAAAGCGUUUAGGAAUUCCCUUUCUGGAAAAGUUGCUGGACUCUGAAAGGCAGAGCUCUGGCCUGCAGCAAAGCCAAGUCUCCGCUGGCAAAGGGAGAUCAAACAGUCAGUCAAAGUUGGUGGACACAUACACAUUGAAAAAAGAGCCCCUCAAGCCUGAGGAAUCAGACUGCUCCAAGGGCCCACGGAUCACCAAUGCUUUCUCCAUCACUGAGGCUGCGGUGGUAAACAACCCAUUCUCUACACUGGAUCACCGCAACAAAGUUGUAGAGACACUAGAGAAAAAUCACCCUAUUUCCAGCUCCCAAGCUACAAGCAUAUCACCCAUAGACGGUGAGCCUGGCCAUGCUCUUUCUGAGCACUCGUAUGCAGUGAGCCAGGGGCAAGAAUCUAACAAUAUCAAAGAGGAUAGCAAGGGAAAUGAUAACAGAAGCAUCAUGCCUGUUGUGGUUCCAGGUAAGACUUUGGUUAACAAUAGACUUGGCCCCAUAAAGAAGCGGCACAUACUUGGUAAAGACUUUCCUCCCUUCUCAAAUGAUCCAGCUGCACAUGUGCCCAAUUUUGCCAGAACAUCUGUAGUUGAAAAGGCCUCUCCUGUCCAAUUGUCUACCUCCCAGUUGUCCUCAGUUGCAGCACCAGAGAUGUAUUCCAGCCUCAAUUUGUCACCACCACCUGACCUUACACCCCCUGAGGAUACAGAGCCACCAUGCCUGAGUCCUCAGAAUACACCCAGUUCCCCCAGCUUCUGCUGCCAGAAAUGCCCUGAGACCUUUAGUGACUCUGCACUUCUCACCAUCCACAUGCAAAUACACAAGAAAUUUGUCAGUCAUUUGUUUUGCAAGUACUGCCAUAAAAAGUUCAUGCAUCUGAAAAGGUUACGCAAUCAUGAGCAGGUUUGUGUGAAAUCUCUGAAAGGUCCGUCAGAGUUAGAGACAAACAAUAAAGAGUCUUCUAGGCUCCCAGUCUCUAAUGGUACCCCAAAUACAAAUAAUGCACAGUGCUCUUUACCUCCACCAGAUCUCGACUUCCCUUUAAGUCUGGACCCCACAUUUACAAGUGGCGGACUUGGUGAGAUGCCUCAGAAUCAAGUUAACGGGACCUUAACAACCAAUGGCACUUCAAGAGCAUAUAAAUGUUCUGUAUGCAAACGGGCUUACGUGACCCUUUCCAGCCUAAAACGACAUGAGAAUGUACAUUUAUGGCAGAGAGCCUACCCUUGCCACUACUGCAACAAAGUUUUUGCUCUGGCUGAAUACCGCACCAAGCACGAAAUCUGGCAUACAGGGGAACGUCGGUACCAGUGCAUCUUCUGCCUGGAGACCUUCUUGACCUACUACAUCCUCAAGAAUCAUCAAAAGUCCUUUCACGGCAUUGAUCCACGGCUGGCUGUCAACAAAAAAAAGGCUAAUGGUGGUUUGAAGAGUUGCGUCUACCCCAUAAAGCUCUACAGGCUUCUACCGAUGAAGUUCAGAAAGAAACGUUAUAAGUCUUACAGUCAGACAUACUCAGAGGAAAUCGAGGGUCAUGAAGAGUCCUUAAGUGCCCCACUGGACAGCUGUUCCUCCCAUGCUAUUUUCAACAGCACAGUGCCUAAUUCAGAUGUUGUUAGUGGUCAAUCAUUAUUUUCAAUGCCAGUGACAUUCAUGGCCACUCCGAAAAUGAUGGCUUCAGAAAUGCCUCGAAUAACCUUUGACCAACCGUGUGACCAAAACAUAGAAUUUCCUAUACCGUCUGAGAUGGACCAACCUCAGAAACGUCUCUCUACUGAUUUCAGAAAAAAGUCUGCCUUACCAGGAUUUAAUGGCAAAGGGUCACCACUCUUCAGCUAUAGAUUCACAGAUUCUUCAAAAGCAGUACAGAAAAAUGCAGGGUCCUCUCUGGUUACACAUGACAAUGACACUUCUUUAACCAAGAAAAACACAGAAAACAGUACAGAUAUUCUUCCAUUCAUCAACAUACCGUCUGUCUGCUCCUUUGAAGGGUUGAGCAGGCUGAGUGAACUGUCAGCAGCUGCCCAAACCAUUGAGGACAUGGCUAAUCAACUGCUGCAAGCAAGGCCAGAGAGCAUAACGCAGGAUCAAUCACCUAGUGGAAUGACAGAAACUUACCUUGCUAAGCCUGCAUGCCCUGGUCCAUCAGUUGACAACCAGGUCCUCCCCCUCUGCCAAAUAACAGUGAAGAUAGGCAACGAGGCGAUCGUUCGACGUAAAAUAAAAGGCUCAAAUCUGUUUCCAAAGAAGAGGAAGAGGAAAAGUUUGAGGCAAGAGGGCAUAGGUCACAGUAGCCCUGCAGAGGAUAGUGUUGGAAGCCCAAGUUUGCGGCUGAGAGCUGAAGUUAGAACUUCUGUUAUAGAAAAAGAAUCAAAUGAUGACCCUGAAACUGACAAACUAUGGCGUCCUUAUUACUCAUAUAAAUCUAAAAAGAAGGGUAAGAAGCUCAGAAGCAAAUGGAAAAGGAUGAAACCUGCGAGUUGCUACACUAGGCCUUUGUCACCUGAAGCAAAUGAAGACUUCAGAGAAACACACCUCUGUCUAGAUGAUAACAUCUCAUCAGAGGACUAUGAGGUCAGGAGGGAGCUGAGACAUAGCAGCCAUAGGGAAGCUUUCCCCUGCCACAGCUGCAAGAGCUCUUUCUCUAGCCAGACCUCCCUCAGUAUGCACAUCAUCAGCUGCCAUCAGCCAGGCUGUAGAAUAUGCGGUAAACAAUGUGCCCCUGAAGACACAUCCAGCACAGCUGGGCCCACUGCAGAGUAUAGUGGUGACUUUAUCUGCAAAUGUUGCUCUGAGGACGGCUCCUGUUUCAGCUCAGAAGUGGCUCCCCACAGUCUUAGCACGGAAAAGCGUUACAGAUGUUCCUAUUGCCCGCAGCGGUUCCUUUACCUUGCCACCAAAAAAAUCCAUGAGAAGAAACACCUAGAGAAGUCAAGUAAAGGACACUGUUGCAGGUAUUGCUCAAAGGUAUGUAAAACAGCAGUGCUAUUGGGUGUGCAUGAGAGCAAGCACUUCAUGGCAGAAGAUGGAGAGGAUCCAGACAUGAUAUGUAAAACAACAAGUUCAAUUCUUCCAGGUAAAGAGCACAAAGGUCAAAUUAAACCUGAGCCUUGGGAAAGUACUUAUACCUGCCCAAAGAUCAAGCCAAAAAUCGGGGAACCCAUGGACAGAGAAACUGAGGGUAGUUAUCCUACAAACACCAAUGUCUACAAUAAAACAUCUCUGCUGAAUCCUUAUGUAGCAGAGAGGUCUUUCGCUUCAAUUUCUCCAGAGAUGAAGACAAAAAAGUCUAAGAAAAAAAGCAUUUUGGAAUGUUCUAAAGGAUCUGGAUUUGAGAGGCACAGACAAAACUCUUUGGGGGCUGUGAUAUGGGGUGAACAGGAUUGACUCCACAACACAAGUACUGACUUUAUCCAGGCAAGCUCGUAAUCAAAGGAGCCACCCUACAGUUGCCCAAGUCAGAGCAAAACAUUUGUGUAAAGAGGAACCUCCUCUUCACCCCCACCACAGGAAGGAAAUGCACUGCCUGCUGACGUCACAUAGUAUAAUAAAAUGACUUAAGUUACAGGGUAGGACAUGCAAUGUUUGAAAAAAAAAAAAAAGAUUGCAUCGAUCUUGUAUCCAGCAGAACUUGUGAGAUGUAAAUAUAGAGUAUUUUUGUUCUUUCACAUAAUACUAUUAGUAGUUUUCCAUGUUUUUCUAUGAGAAGAGAAGUGGUUUUAUUUUUGUAUGUUUUUAUUUGUCCAAGUCAGGUGGAUAUUCCCUAUCUCAUUGCUCAUUGUGUUGUACUGUAGUCUAUACAUCAAGUAAACUUAAUGGCUUGCAGCACCUUACCGUGAUUGUACUUUUAUCAUAAUAUAACAAUCUAUUAAUCUUAUUUGGUGCACAAACUUUCAUUGAUAACAUGCAGAUAAAUGCUAUUUGUUUCUAUUAAGAAUAUUCCAUACGUUAUACCUUCCAGUUAUUCAAUUACAUCGUUGAAUCAUUACAAUCCUAAUAUUAAAUAAAAUAAUAUAACACAUAAGUCACAUGUUAUUAAGAAUAACAAUCAAUGUUUUAAAAUAGCAAGAUGGUAGCCACAGUAAUGAAUGAUUCUGAUUAUUAUAUAAGAAUGACUGUUUUCUACAAUUAAAGUUAAAGUUUGUUACAUCCCAUUUACAUUUUAUGACACAUCACACCAGUCCUAAAUACAAAGAGAGCGAGAGAGAGAGAGAGAGAGAGAAUGAGUGAAACAGUUCCUUUUCCUCUUGAAACUGCUGACUUGUAAGUGGGAACUCUGUUUAUUCAUUCAGAUUCUCUCUCUCUCUCUCUCUCUCUCUCUCUCUCUCUCGCACACUCUCUAUCUUUGGGGCCCAGUACUGACCCAUCUGAGAAGCUCAUUACCGUUUCUCUGCCGGUCCUCCACACAAUGCAGCAUUCACAGUGUCCCGUCUGGGCCCACGUGACACCAGCCCCAGAUGUUCUGAACGCUCCCCCGUCUUGAAACCCACCCUCCCAAAAUACAUACUCAUAUCUGGGUAGCAGGUUUGUGCCCACAACCAAACACAUAUAAAAAAUAUGUCAGUGAAAUUUUAAUUCAUCUAGGUCAUCAUGGUUCGGAAUGUCUGCUUGUUCAUUCAUCGGUAACUGUGUUUUGCAUUUGUUAAACAAUGCCACCAGACAGCUUAUCAACUACUCAUCGGUUUUGCAUGUCUUAUCCAACAAGAAGAGUCCUGCCAAUCUCCUCAAAUAUGAAUGUUUCCUCUUUUACUGAUGCGACUAUUCCAGAAGGACUUGUAAAACCUUUAUAUUACAUAUGGUACAAAAGUUGUUUUUUUUUCUCUCCACACAAUACAGUGACAUUUCACAAAGUUUAAGAGUGCAAUCUUGUGUGAUGCAGAGGUGGGAGAGCAAGAAGUCAAUGAAGCACAUAUUGUGCUUACAAUUGUGGUCCAGUCUGCUAUUCGGUGCAUAGAAUCCAGUGUAGCAAAAUAAAAGGUAUAAAAGUAGAUUACCAUUAGUUAAAGCUUCUGAUAGUUAACUACUAGCAGUAUUGGUUAGAUUACUUGGGUAGAAAUGUAAUCGGGUACUGAUUACAAAUUACCCAACCUAAGUUGUUAUCAGAAAUGUAAUAUUUUACGGUAUACUUUAUAGGUUAUCUAAUCCGAUUACUUUUAGAUUAUUGCAUGUUUUGGUGAAAAUCUAAUUUUAAGCAUAUUAGUAACAUUAGUACAUAUUAUAAAUAUGAAUCAAACUACAAUUUGCAAUUUGUCAGUCGCCUGAGUCACUGACUUUAACAGUUAAGACUAAUUGCUAAUAUAAUCACUUUGAAAUCAUGUAAUCCAUAAAACAUUUUAAUCUGAUUAUGCACAUUUAAAAAUGUAAGGUUACAAAUACUUGAUUUUUGUAAAUUGAUUAUGUAAAUUAUGUAAGAAAAGACUGACAGGAUUAUUAUGCACUAAUCCAGUUGGUUGCAUGCUUGGGGUGGGAGAAUGCUUUACAGUUGUUGUCGAAAGAAUGACUGAAAGAAACAAUCGCUGAUAUCAUCUGAUUUAGCCUAUUGAUUCUACAGAGCAUAAAACCAUCAUUAAACAAAUGUCUCCGAAAAGUCUCUUUCUGUUGGC